GCACACGGCGUAUUUUAAACGCGCUGACGACGCGCGUUUCAGGAACGCGCUUCUUCGGCGCCGUAAACGCUGAUAGUUGCGUUUGCACUGAUAAUAGAAACGCGCGCAUGAAGCGCGUAUACGUGCAUUUGAAGCGGUACAAACGCGCGUACAAAGGAGCGGAGUACGGGCAGAGGGGGUGGGGGUGCUCACGCCACCACUGCGCCCGCGCCUCAGUUGCAAUAAGGUUUUAUUGUGUGCUGCGCGUGUAUUUCGUUUAAAAUGGAACCCUUCGACACCGACCGCUUUAUAACAGAAAUAAACAAUCGUCCAGCUACAUGGAAUUCACUACUGCCCGAAUAUUCAAACAAAGUGUUAAAAAGAAAUGCUUGGGAUGAAUUGUGCCACAUUUUUUAUGACAAUUUCAAUGAAAAAACCAGUAAGGAAAAAAACCUGGCAGUCAUUGAACUUCAAAGAAAAUGGAAGAGUAUUAAGGACGCUUAUAAAAGAGACAAAGCGAAGAACAAUAACUGUUCCAGUGGAUCUGGAGCUAAACCUAGAAGACCCUACAUAUAUUCCAAUUUGCUAACUUUUUUAGACCCGCUUUACGAAAUAAGAUCUCCAAGUCAAAAUGAUGAUGCAGCUCUGCGGAAUAACCAAGACUGUGAUUUUCAAAAACCACAUUCACCAAAGAAGUCUAAAAAGACUCCAAAACAUGAAGACCCACAAGACAAAUUGUAUGAAGCACUGACAGCAAAUCUCAAACAGUCUAAGGAAGCAAAUAAUACAAUUUUAUCUGAAAAUCCCGACAAACUGUUCUUAGUUUCGUUGGCUAAAGAUUUUUCUGCUAUCAAAGAGGAAUUUAAGUUAGAGGCCAAAGCUGAUAUGAUAAAUUUAAUUCGUAAAUAUAAAAAUAUGGGACAGUCAUCGAGGACAUUAAAUGAAAAUAGAUACCAAGGUGCAUUUCAAUAUGAACAUCAGUAUGGAUACCAGUCUGGAUAUCAGUCUGGAUCUGGAUAUCAGUCUGAAUUUCAGCCACAAUAUCCAAGUAAUCAAUCAGCGCCAAGAAAUGAAUCUGUCAGUUCACUCCAAAAUUUGGAUAGCAAUGAAUCGGUUACAAAUGACUCCGACAUCAUAUCUGACAUGUAUGAUGAUAUUGAAUAAAUCUUUUUCUCUUAUUCAUAAUCUAAGUGCACUUAUAACAAUUUACGGUUGAUUUUAAAAUGUAACAG